AUGUCGGAGGCUCAUGUCGUACUUAUGGGUGAUUUUAACAUUCACGUUGAAAAGAGGGAUAGUUCUUUCACUCUACGACUACAUGAGAUACUUGAUACGUUCCAGUUGGUCAAUCAUGUUAAUCAAAAAACGCAUGUGUCGGGAGGUACGUUAGACCUAGUAAUUUGUUCACAUGAUUUUCCAAUUCUUGAUACUAAGAUUGACCCGUGUUCGAUAUACUCAGAUCACAGUUACGUAGGUGUGAGAGUGGCGUUGAAUAAAGUCCGACCAAAAUUGGUGAAGGCAUGUAUCGGACCGUGGAAAGAUCUGAACGAAAAAUGUUUUGUUGAAGCACUAGCGAACUCUCCUGUGGCAAACAAAUGUCAAUCUGACGAUGUGGAUUAUGAAUUUGCUGUGUUUAGUGGUGAAAUUGAACGAAUUUCUGACAAUUUAGUGCCUAUGCGGAUUUUACAAUUUUUUUAUGAUAAAAUUGCUAGGAUAACAGAAACAACAAAUGUACAUUCUGAAUUUCCGCUUCAAGUAGUCUCGAUGUUGGAUAAAUGUACGUUUUUAUGCUUUCCGUUGGUUACUGAAAUUACGGAUAAAAUAAAGGAUCACUUCAAAAAUCUACACAAUCGAGGAUCACUUCAAAAAUCUACACAGUAUAACAACAACACCAGUAUACAUAUGGAGUAUAUAGGCUCCAACCGUCAAAAUUAA